UGCUUUAUUAAAAGGUUUAGCACAGUCCACAGGGUAGCACCACAACUAUCUCCUCGGGCCCUCUGCUGAUGUAACACUUCUAACAGAGGCUGGGGCGGAGCCCGUCAAGUACAGAUCACCUACUGCGACAAACUAAACAUCUCCAGUGCCUGAACCGGUUCACCUUCCCUGUGAGUGGAAUGAAGAGAGAGAGAGACGUAUUUUACGCUUGUUAAACAGUGGAAAGGUUCUUGUUUUUCACAUUGUAUCAAUGAAGCUGUAUAACAGAGCUCCCAUGUUGGCACUCAGUUGUUGAUACAAUGUGAGAUGCUGUUUCUCUCCAUUCCUGAAGAAUUUUGAGAGCUGAACGGAAGCACACAGACAGAGACAAGGUGAAAGUGAAGGCAGAAAAUGCCAUUGGAAGAGCAAACCUGUCUUAUUGUAGAGCUACAAGUGAAAAGUUCCCAAACAACACCUGCUUGAAAAGCUCUGCUUUACCCGAGGUCUGCAAUGACCUCCCUGUUCAUCGUAACACACAAGGGGCAAAAACGAAUAGAGACAGACCUGACGCUAAAGCUCACACAGCUCCGAUAGACCACUCCACUACAGAAAAGGAGAAGACGUCCAGGCGCAAAAGUGUCAAGGAAGAGGAAGAGGGGAAACAGAAAAGACAGGUGUGGUCUCGGAGACGUACACCCGCCGAACGAGAAGAGAACAAGACUCAGCCGGGGGUGACAACGCCUCCGAGACACAAGGAAGGGAAGAACGCAAGCAUCCCUUCCAGUCUCACACCCAUCAAAGAGGAGUGGACCCCAGAAUCCUUCCUCCUGCUGAUGAAAAUCUUACAGAUCGACAUCCCUGAAGGUGUAAUCACACACGAAGCAAUUCGACUUUCUCAAACAGGAGCCGUUCACGACGUUGCUGAGAAAAUCAUCGGUCUCUUGAUAAAUUUCGAGCUUCAGUUUGAGAAGCAUCCCAGGUUGUCUGCCAGGGAGGUGAAACAAGGUUUAAAGUUGAUGGAAAACAGUGAAUUGCUUGAACUAACGAAGCUGCUCUUUUUCAAAACGGCUUCAGACAAAAGCCUCCUCCAGGGCCAAUGGCAGAAGAACACUUCCAACACAGGCCGCGGAUUCAUUCUGAACACUGCGUUCAGGUCCACGCCGGUCUCGACGGCGGUCAUGCACACCGGCCCGGUGACCAGGUCCUGGAGCAGGCUGACGGUCGGGGAAGACUUGCCUACGAUAACCCUGGGAACCCGUAAAACCCUCGGGGUCAUCUCGGACCACCGGUACGUCGAUGAACAGUCUUUGUGGACCGGUACUCCGUCCAAGAAAGGGUUUGGUAUGUUUGCAACAAACAAGUACGACGAGUUGGAGUGCCUCAAAUGUUUUCACGAAACAGCGAAGGAGAAGAAAGCGUUUGGCGGAGGGGCCGCAGGCUACACUUGUGGGAACCGCGUCCAAUAUGGGUUUCUCACUGGGAACGUGGAUGUGUUUGCAGAUUUCAAUCAGGACAGACCUCGAGAAACUCAGUGCGACAAGCUGCUGAUCGAGUGCAAAGGGACCACGGGAGACAUGGUCGGGAAUUUCUUCACCAAAACCAAACAGAUUAAAGACGGAUUCCCUUACGCCGAGGUGGAAACAAACCACAUGUACAUCUUUCAGGCGCAAACCUACAUUUUCAAUGUACGUUUUCAAUGCUAUAGCAACAAAUACAAAAUCCUCUCCCAUGAAGAAAGCUGCGAUGGUCCUGAGAUAUUACCACCCUGGUGGACGACCCCAGCAAGACUUUUGCCUAAGUCUCAUAGACAUCAACAAAAAAGCACAUGAAGACAUUGACAAGCUACGCCUGUUUUGCAAAGAAAUGUUUUGGGCUGUUAUAUAGCAGUGUUGCAACAGCUAUUUGUGAAAGAGAGCUGAUAGAGACCCCUACUCCAGCAGAGCUGAUAGACUCCUGCUCCAGCUCCAGAGCUGAUAGAGACCCCUGCUCCAGCGCUGAUAGAGACUCCUGCUCCAGCGCUGAUAGAGACUCCUGCUCCAACGCUGAUAGAGACCCCUGCUCCAGCGCUGAUAGACUCCUGCUCCAGCGCUGAUAGAGACUCCUGCUCCAGCUCCAGAGCUGAUAGAGACCCCUGCUCCAGCGCUGAUAGAGACUCCUGCUCCAUCGCCGAUAGAGACUCCUGCUCCAGAGCUGAUAGAGACUCCUGCUCCAGCGCUGAUAGAGACUCCUGCUCCAGCGCUGAUAGAGACUCCUGCUCCAGAGCUGAUAGACUCCUGCUCCAGCGCUGAUAGAGACUCCUGCUCCAGUGCUGAUAGAGACCCCUACUCCAGCGCUGAUAGAGACUCCUGCUCCAGUGCUGAUAGAGACUCCUGCUCCAGAGCUGAUAGACUCCUGCUCCAGCGCUGAUAGAGACUCCUGCUCCAGCGCUGAUAGAGACUCCUGCUCCAGUGCUGAUAGACUCCUGCUCCAGCGCUGAUAGAGACUCCUGCUCCAGCGCUGAUAGAGACUCCUGCUCCAGUGCUGAUAGAGACUCCUGCUCCAGCGCUGAUAGAGACUCCUGCUCCAGCGCUGAUAGACUCCUGCUCCAGAGCUGAUAGAGACUCCUGCUCCAGCGCUGAUAGACUCCAGCUCCAGCGCUGAUAGAGACUCCUGCUCCAGCUCCAGCGCUGAUAGAGACCCCUGCUCCAGAGCUGAUAGAGACUCCUGCUCCAGCUCCAGAGCUGAUAGAGACCCCUGCUCCAGCGCUGAUAGAGACCCCUGCUCCAGCGCUGAUAGAGACUCCUGCUCCAGCGCUGAUAGAGACUCCUGCUCCAGCGCUGAUAGAGACUCCUGCUCCAGCGCUGAUAGAGACUCCUGCUCCAGCUCCAGAGCUGAUAGAGACCCCUGCUCCAGCGCUGAUAGAGACCCCUGCUCCAGCGCUGAUAGAGACUCCUGCUCCAGCGCUGAUAGAGACCCCUGCUCCAGCGCUGAUAGAGACUCCUGCUCCAGCGCUGAUAGAGACUCCUGCUCCAGCGCUGAUAGAGACUCCUGCUCCAGCGCUGAUAGACUCCUGCUCCAGAGCUGAUAGAGACUCCUGCUCCA